GUUUCCCAUAAGGCUUUACGGCUUGCUACGUCAUACAUCUGCGCUGAGCUGAGGUGGCGUUAGAGAAGAGGUUGUGUCCCGGCUGCUCACCUGAAGUCCCCUCAUCAUCUCUCAUUAUGACUAAACUUGUGGAGUGGCUGUUUGGUGUGUCGCUGGUGGGCGCAGUGUGGGCUCUGGUCUCUUUCGACCUGUUGGACCUGAGCCUGCCGCAGACUUACAGGGAGGCUGCCUGGCCGAUGCCUCUGUACCUGCUGGUUUCAUUUGGCUGCUACUCCUUGGCCACGGUGGGAUACAGGGUGGCCACCUUCAAUGACUGUGACGACGCAGCGAAAGAGCUGCAGGAGCAAAUAAAGGAAGCCAAAGAGGACUUGAGAAAAAAAGGAUUUAAGAUGUAGAACUUUAGAAAGACGAUACAGGAACUCUUAGAGACUGAAAAGGGAUACUCAGACAAUUUCAUCAGCAGUUGCAAUGUUUGAGUUUAUCAAAAUUGUCUCUCUUUUUUUGUAAAAUGUGUUGGGUGAGAUUGCACUCUGAUCAGACAUGAUAUGAACAGCUCUUUCAGAUUAGAUAUUGAUCAGCUAUGCUUCAGGGAUUCAGAAAGUAAUAGACUCAUGGGAGGAUUGUAUUGGUUACACAUAAAUGACAAUGACAACACAUCAGAUUUCAUUCAGAAUGUAAUAGCUAUUGAUAGCAUUCUCACCAUUUAAAGACCUCUUUUUAUAUAGUUACUGAAUGACAUUAAACAUCAGUCGCAGGUGGUUUUACUCGUGUACACAUUAAACAAUGUAAAAGAUGAUAACAGCCAAACACAUGGAUCCUUAAAACACUUACAUGCUCGAUUACCAUCUUUAUCUGGUUGCCAAAAGAUCAAACUGGAAUCUGACUCGAGACUGUUUCAGCUGGGAAUACUCAAAUGCUUUCAAUAUGUGUCAGCUUAAACUACACAGUGCAGACUUUGUUGUGUGUGUCUGGAGAUUGUUGCUUGUCAGAAUAGAUGGACUAGAUUUACUCUGUAAAGAAUUGUACAUUCCAUUGUCCAAUUUAAUUUGUGCCCCGUGGCUAUCGCUAGGACUUUAUUAAAUUGGAGUAUAUUUUCUUCA